GCUGGAACAUCUCCUCCACUGACGUGCAGCCGAGCGGAGAGCCGCCUCUCCGGUCCCCGCUGUGAGCCCGCUGUGAGCCCGCUCUGGUCCCCGCUCAUAGCCCGCUGUGAGCCCCCAGCCCCGCAGCCAUGGCUGCUGCCCGAGGUCUGGCCAGCUCCGGACAGAAGCCCAUCACGGAGAUGCUGCACCCGCUCUCCGCCGCCGAGGAGCCCCGUCCCCCGGGGCCAGCCGUGCCCGGCACCGCCGAGCCGGACAAGGAACAAGGGCUGACCAACGGCACUCUGGUAGAGACGUCCAGUCCCGCUGCUACGUCCUUGCUGCUCAGCAGGCUGCAGGUGGACGACACCUCGGAAGCAGAAGUCUCGGAUCCCUAUUCCUCCACAGAAACCCGUGACCUUUUCGUCACCGUUGACGACCCAAAGAAGCACGUGUCCACCAUGGAGACCUACAUCACCUACAGAAUCUCCACCAAGACAACACGGAUAGAGUUUGACCUGCCAGAAUACUCUGUUCGACGACGGUACCAGGACUUCGACUGGCUCCGGAUAAAGUUGGAGGACAGCCAGCCGACUCACCUCAUCCCCCCGCUGCCCGAGAAGUUUGUGAUGAAGGGUGUUGUCGACCGAUUUUCCGAGGAGUUUGUGGAGACGAGAAUGAAAGCUCUGGACAAGUUCCUGAAGCGAGUUGCGGAUCAUCCCGUCCUGUCGUUUAACCCGCACCUCAAUGCUUUUUUAACUGCUAAGGACCUGAACAAGCGCCAGGGCCUGGCCCUGCUGACCAAAGUGGGCGAGUCGGUGAAGCACGUGGCUGGAGGAUACAAGCUGCGGGCGCGGCCGCCGGAGUUCUGUGCGAUGGGAGAAUACCUGGACACUUUCAGCCAGAAACUGGGAACCAUUGAUCGCAUCGCUCAGAGGAUCCUCAAAGAACAGUCAGAGUACCUGACAGAGGUACGGGAGUACGCAGCGGUUUAUUCCAGCUGGGUGGUGUCGGAGGAGGAGCUGCAGCACCCCCUGGAGGGCGUGGCUGGCUGUGUGUCCACGUGCUGCGGAGCGCUGGAGGAGCUGAGUGACAACAUGAGCCAGGACUUCCUGCCUGUUUUUAGAGAAUAUGUUCUCUACAUAGAGUCCAUACAGAACGUUUUGAGGAAGCGAGACCAGAGUCAAGCGGAGUACGAGGGCCGUUUAGAAGCGGCCGUGUUGCGCAAACAAGAGGAACGAACGCCAGUUCCAGUGGAGGUGGAGAAAUGCCAGGAUAAAGUGGAGUGCUUUAACGCUGACCUGAAGGCAGACUGGGAACGCUGGCAGAGCAACAAGAGACAGGACUUCAAGCAACUUCUCAUCGGGAUGGCUGACAAAAAUAUCAAUUAUUACGAAAAGUGCCAGGCAGCGUGGGAGUCGCUCAUAACUCUCCUCCAGGACAAACAGACUGAGGACAAAACCAGUGAGACGAACUGAAACAUUUCUUUACGUCUCAGCCUCCCAUUUCUCUGCUUCUGUUCAAUUCUUUAAUGCCAAGGGAAAAAAGACCAACCAGGAAGCAGAUUUUUAUCUCCAAAACUUUCCUCCUGCAAGAUGCUCGUACGAGGAGGCGUUGUCUCCCACAAACAUUGCCCUGUGAAAAGGUAACAAUGGUGCAUUCAAGAGCAGCUGGGAGAGAACGCGUAAAGACCUUUUUGAUUUUUGUUGCUGUUUCUUCUUUGUUCCCAAUUAACAGUUUGUUGCCAAUGCUGCUUGGGAUUGUUUACCCAUCGUCCUGGAGAGAUGCCUUUUCAGUCUGCUCUCUCUGUUUUCACAUCAGCCCAAAAAAGGAUAACUCUGGCAAAGAUCUUUGCUUUUCAUCCAGACGUUGCCAUCACACAGGAAUACGAAGUGUCUUGAGUUCCAGAGGAAGUUGGUUGUUUUGUUUUCUUCUCCUGCUAGAUUAUAACAGCCUGUGAAUACAUGAUAUUGAAACUUACCACUGAAGCGACAAGAAAAAACAUUUUUUUAAAAGGCAUAUUUUUUUGCUGGAAAAAGCCAAGCAAAAAAAAGAUAAUAAGUUGAAACUUUAGUUUAUUUUUGCAUAAUACACCAUUUAAAUUCCACAAACUCUCUCAUCCUCGGCUGUUUGUAGCAGAGCUUCAACUUUGUUCCGGUUUCUCUUCGAACGGUUGUUAUUCAAGAAGAUCCCGCUGCAGAGACUUGCUGGCAAUGUGCACCGUGUGUUUGACCAGAGAGAGCAGAGGUGCAUUCACAGUUGUCAUGGUUAAACCACUGCAUUUUUUAUUUAAAAAAAGAAAACCUGAUGAAUGCACUUCUCGUCUUGCCUCCACACCCAGAAACCAAGCUGCGUUUAAACACAACUACAGAAAUAUGUGCGUGUGACCUGAAUGCUUACAUAUACCAGGAAGGUGAGUCUGUGGAGAGUUGUUAGCAGAGCACAAAUUCAAAUACACACGUAAAGAGAAGUCACGUGACUUGAGAGGAUACAGAGAAGCAGCGCCAUCUUGUGGUGAUACUCUGGUUUCUCUUGUUGUCAAGGGCAUUUUUAUCCACUGUAGGGAUGUUAAACAGAUAAAGAUGAACCUACAGGAGAAAAGCAUGUCCAACUCUAGCUUGAUAAUCAAUACUCUUUGAAUACAUGAAAUGAUCUGACUUUUAUUAAGGAAACCUGCGGGAUUACUAUGUACCACUCACAAAAAGGUCUUCUUGAAUAAAGGAUGUGACAGCUGUCUACUUAAGAACUGCUGAAUGUAGUAAACAGAUUCAUGCUUCAUGCUCAGAGUAGCAAAGAGCACUGAGAAGGUGGAUCAAUUGGAGAAAAGUCAGCUGAGUUUGGUCUGGUG